AUGUCCCUUGAGCCAGAUUUAUCAUCUGUUUUCUCUCAAGAAAUUCAAAACUUAUUAGCCAAUAAUGAUGAAUGUGAUGUGAUAAUUCAUGUUGGAAAGGACGAAAAUGUGAAAACAUUUAAGGCUCAUUCUUUGAUCUUAAAGGCUAGGUGUAGUUACUUUAAAACUGCUUUAUCUAAACAAUGGGCUAAACAAGAUGGCGAUUCCAACAUUUUAGCACAUCCUGAUGUACUCCAAAAAUUUUUGAAAUUAUUCUUAA